CCGGAGCUGGGUCCGACCGCGCCUUCCGGUCCUCCUCCCGCGGCCGGAAGUGCCGGAAGCCGUCAGCGCCGCGCCACAGCCCAGCGCUCAUCGCGCUCGCUCGUCUUCUCGCGCAGAACAGCCCGAGUUCUUGUGUCCGGUGGCGUGUUAAACAGCCACCAUGUCGAGCAAAAAGGCAAAGACCAAGACCACCAAGAAGCGUCCCCAGCGUGCAACGUCCAAUGUGUUUGCCAUGUUCGACCAGUCGCAGAUCCAGGAGUUCAAGGAGGCCUUCAACAUGAUUGAUCAGAACAGAGAUGGUUUCAUUGACAAGGAAGAUUUGCAUGACAUGCUCGCUUCCCUAGGGAAGAAUCCAACUGAUGCCUACCUUGAUGCCAUGAUGAAUGAGGCUCCAGGGCCCAUAAAUUUCACCAUGUUCCUCACGAUGUUUGGUGAGAAGUUGAAUGGCACAGACCCAGAAGAUGUCAUCAGAAAUGCUUUCGCUUGCUUUGAUGAGGAAGCAACUGGCACCAUUCAGGAAGACUACCUGAGGGAGCUGCUGACAACAAUGGGAGAUCGGUUUACGGAUGAGGAAGUGGAUGAGCUGUACAGAGAAGCACCUAUUGACAAGAAGGGCAAUUUCAAUUACAUUGAGUUCACACGCAUCCUCAAACAUGGAGCAAAAGACAAAGAUGACUGAAAGAACUUCAACUAAAACCUUCUGUUACUUUGUCCUACUCUGUUUUCAAUUUCCCACUUUCCUCCACCCUCAUAGAUCUGUUGCAUGCAAAUUAGUUUCACAGCUUUGCCUCUUUUUUUGAUGUAUUUAUUCUAGACUUUUCUGCCUCUUAGCACUUGUAUGAUCAGACUGCAAAUGGGGUUGAGGUUGUAAAUUGUACUGAAAAAGAGAUUGCGAAUAAAAAUCAACAAAUGUGAAAGCCCAGGAAAAUAUAUCUGGUAUUUCUGGUUUUGCUGGAUUUUUACAUUUUUGUAAUAAAAAUGCUAUUUUGAAAUAAAGAUGAUGCUGACUCAAAUGAAAUAUAGUGGAAAGUUAUACAAAUAAAUGGUAGUUGGGAAUAGUCCUAUUUUCAGAUUUCCAACUUCAUGUAAUUCAGAUUACAUGGUAUAACUGAUUCUUAAUGUAUAUGUGACAGUGUUCUUAAGAACUUUUUAGUAUAAAUUAGCAUCAUUAUGUGUAAAAACUAGUUAUGCCUUUUUUUCCACACUUAUAGUAGGCCAGAUGUUUACUGAAUUAUAACUAUAGAAUGUAUCUUCGAAGAAAAGAAUAUUGUUGAACAUGUACUGUGUGUAAAGCAUUGCAGAUGGAUGAUUUUCAAUGACUUUUCCCAACAACCUUGUGAGAAAAACCCUGUAUUUCAACUGCGCUGCAAGUAGUUGAGUGAUUGAUAGUCACUAUUAAUGAGAGUUGGGAUUCCAACCUAGGGGCCUAACUCCAGAGCUGAUGGAGCUGGAACCACUGUGCUGUCUCUAUGAUAGGUCCCAAAUGCCUAAGGGGUCAUUUCCCUUAAAUUCUAACAUAAUUUUGUAGUCAUUACUGAAAUUUAAAAUAGUUUGGGAGGAAUUGGUUAUGUGAACAGAAUUUCAAAAAAUUCUAUCCAGGCUAAAAAUAGGCAAAAAAUUAUGUGCAAUGUAAUAUUUCAAGGCAGUUCAUAUGGCGUGGACUGUAGAUUAGAGGGAAGGACUGAAAAACAUACAAGCCUGCUGCUAUAAGCUCGUUCAAAACCCUCAAGGCCAAGCAAUAUGAGAAGCAGGAGAGAAAAACCUAAAAAAGGGGAAAAAAUCCACUUAGAAAGUCCCAGUGUUCAACACCUGUUCCUCUAGCACCAUGCUUUAACCAGUGGAGCUAAUUGGCCAGCACGUCUUGAGUUGGGUUUUUUAAAACUCAGCCUAGCAUGCUGGAGCAGGAGUAGGGAAACAGGUCCUCACAGAAAAGUAGAUUAUAAAAAGGGAGCCUUUAUUUUAGCCGGCCGGCAACUCCCAAGGAGCAAGCUCUCCAAGUGCAGCCCCAAGCCCCCGUUACAACAUCCUUUCACCAGUGGAGCUAACUGGCCGGCACAUUCUUGAGUUAGGUUUUUUAACACAGCCUAGCUACUGUGUACAGGGAGGAGAGGCAUGAGUACAGGGAGCAAGAAGGCUUACAAUCAACUGGCUAUUGCAUUUUUCAGGGAAGACAUGAGGGAGGCUUGGACUAGGGAAGUGGUAGAGGAGGUGGCUAUAAAAUGCCUCUCCUUUGUCCCACCUAUUUCCUCUGCUCCAGCCUGGUCUUGUUUACCUUAUCUCUGGCAUCAUUUUAACUGCAUUUAUUCUAUUACUCUGCUUAAACUCUGAUUUGAAAGAUUGUGAGGGAAAAAAUUUUCAAGAUUAAAAGCAAGAAAAACUUAGUUUCUUCCAUGCCUUUUGACCUGACAUCCCAUUCUGUUUCAUCUCUAGUAUCUAAAUAAAAGUUGUGGGAUUCAGUAUUACCAGGCACCUGGGUAGGACCUUGUUCCUCUCUGUGCCCAAUAAAUAUUAGUGAUGAUGAUGAAAA